UAGGUAAAAAUACUGCAUUGACCCUUGAAGGAUUGGUUCAAUGAGAGUCGCAGGUGGAAAAAAAACCUUUUCUGUAAUCCUCACAUGGUCUUCAUGUGUUCAGGGAACUGUCUGUGGGCCAUAGCAUGGGGUGAUGAGGACUCUCCUCGGCUGACCUCGGUGCAGACGACUAGGGAUGGCCACAGCAUCACCUCACCAUUUGUUGGAUGAAAUAAUAAAUAAUGGGAACCAACAGCAGGAGCAGCAGGAAUUCUUGAGCUCUUUGGAGACAAUUUUCCUUACCCUCUUCCUAUCUAUCAUCAUUAUUAUGACUGUGUUUGGCAACCUGUUAGUUAUGGUGGCACUCUGCAAGGACAGGCAUCUGAGAAAAAAAAAGACCAACUAUUUCAUUGUCUCUCUGGCGUUCGCUGACCUACUGGUUGCACUGGUUGUAAUGCCUUUUGCUGCCAUCGAGCUCACCACCGGCCAGUGGUUCUUUGGGGAAAUCUUCUGCCUGGUGCGAACCUCUCUGGAUGUUUUAUUGACCACAGCAUCCAUCCUACACCUCUGCUGCAUUGCACUGGACAGAUACUAUGCCAUCUGCUGCCAGCCACUGGUCUACAGACAUAAAAUGACCCCGGUGAGAGUGGCAGUUAUGCUCAGCGGCUGCUGGCUCAUCCCCACAUUAAUCUCCUUUCUACCCAUCAUGCAAAGCUGGAACGCUAUUGGGAUAGAAGACAUUAUUGAAGAGAGGCGAACUCUAACAGGAGGUUCCAAUGACACAAGCUGCGUGUUUCUGGUCAACCGGCCUUACGCCCUCAUCUGCUCCGCCGUGGCUUUCUAUGUGCCUCUGGCCCUGAUGGUUCUGGCCUAUCAGCGCAUCUAUGUCACCGCCAUGAUCCAUGUCAGGCAGAUAGAGACUCUUCAGCGUGCCGGAUCUGCACCAGUUACAGGCUCAGAUCCAGUCGUAACUGUACGCUGUUCCACUUCCUCAGAUCCACUGGACCAUUACUGCCUGAGGACAGCAACUGUGUCCUCUCCCUCAGAACAAACUCAUGGAGGGCAUAACCGCAUGCGCAUCGAGACAAAGGCAGCAAAGACUCUGGCUGUUAUAAUGGGCUGCUUCUGCCUUUGCUGGGCUCCGUUUUUCAUUACAAACGUGGUGGACCCCUUCAUUCAUUACUCUGUUCCCUGGCAGCUGUGGACUGCCUGGCUGUGGCUUGGUUAUAUUAACUCAGGAUUGAACCCCUUCCUGUAUGCCUUCCUGAACCGAGCUUUUCGGAGGGCGUUCCUAGUGAUUCUCUGCUGUGGAGACCAACGUUAUUCUCGGCAGGGGAGCUUCUCCCGUGGACACAUCCACAGGCCAUGUUCUGCCCCGUCAGUAAACGGGACCUCCAUGGCUCUAAGAUUGUCCUUCCUACCAAACCGCAGCUACAGCGAUAACGGCCGGACAAUCCUGGCCAAUGAACAGGAGUCACAAGACUCUCUUGGGCCCCUAUGAGGAUGACUUUACAUGAACAGAACUGUGAACCUUCCUUCCGAUAUGGAGGAUAUCCGACCCAAGCGCUUCGGCCAUCUGUGCUCUCAAAAGUUUACUUUGAUGCAAGCUGACUUUCCAUAAAGAUACGGUUCCAUAAUGAUCAUUGGCUGUUUAAUACAGGAUCAACAGCUCAAUGAAAAUAAACUAUGCUUACAGAAUGUGAGAUACAAGACGACUGCUGCUACUCUUAAAAUAUGUUUAUAAGCACAAUA